AUGGACAUGAAUUUGUCAGUGCGUUGUGCUUUGGUUCUUUUUCUGUUGGCAUUUGUAGAUUUGAAAAUAGUCUCUGCUGCAGAAACGGAAGGCACAUCUACAGCAAAGCCUGGAGUGUGCCCUGUUAGACGAUGGGGCAUGGGGAUAUGUGCAGAGUUAUGUUCCAAUGACAGUGACUGCCCCAAUGACGAAAAAUGCUGCCACAAUGGAUGUGGGCAUGACUGCAUUGCACCUUACACAGCAAAGCCUGGAGUGUGCCCUGUUAGACGAUGGGGCAUGGGGAUAUGUGCAGAGUUAUGUUCCAAUGACAGUGACUGCCCCAAUGACGAAAAAUGCUGCCACAAUGGAUGUGGGCAUAACUGCAUUGCACCUUACACAGCAAAGCCUGGAGUGUGCCCUCGUAGACGAUGGGGCAUGGGGAUGUGUGUGGAGUUCUGUUCCAAUGACAGUGACUGCCCCAAUAAUGAAAAAUGCUGCCACAAUGGAUGUGGGCAUAACUGCAUUGCACCGACACAGACACAGGACGCAGACCAAGAUGACGGUCCCGGGGAUCAGGAGCAGACCGGUCACCUCUGA